AUGUCCUGCUCAAAAUUGCUGAACAACUGGAUGUUCGAGACGUACUUUGCGUGCGACGGGGCCUGUCGCCACCCGCGCCCCCUCGGUCCCUAUCCAUCUCAACCCCGCGAAACACUCGAGACCAUCGUCAAGCGCACGUCGUCUAUCCACCAUGCGAUGUUUGUCAAGCGCGAACCAACAUGUAGUCGGGUGUUCGACGUAGAGAGAAACAGUGAGACUCGGCUACCAGUGUGCGGGAGGUGGGCGUUCACGCGGUCCCAGAAACGGGUCACCUGUAUGGAUCUGGAUGCGCCGGACGGUGAGGAGCCACCUCGAAUUGUCGUAUGGGAAGCAAACGAGGAGGAUGACCUCGAGGUGCAAAGGCUUUACUGCAUAGACGUGAUGUCUUAUGAUGGCUGCAACCGGGCCGUCGCUGUCCUCGAACUGAAUACCGAAGGGCCUCCCAUGCGUCGGACUGAAAUCGUCAUCCUCAAUGUACAUUUCAACAUUGCCUCGAGCCCGGCCUUCAUUUUGAAGAAGUAUACCGACGAUCAGAAACGUCCGACGACCACCUUCGAUACUGCACUCGUUUGGGACAUUGACCAGCUGCACAAGGAACCCGUUAUCAUACCCAAGGAGAACACCGUGAUCGAUGAUGCACGAUUGACGCACUUUUUAACAUGCAGGACUCAUCUCAUCACUUUCAUUGGAGACUGCAUCGUACCGCUCGCCACACGAAUAUGGGCCAGGCCUCUCGCUUCUGUUCUUGCAGGGACAACGAACAUCAGCGCAUCGGCUACUGUCAACUACAUGUUCUUCAAGGAGAUCACCAUGCUCCAGUCCUCGACAUUCGACCCCUUCUUGAUCAUCGUUCCGUCCUGGACUGGAUCUACGCGGAUCCUUUACUCCCUUGACGAGCCACCGUACGGACGGCUCGCCGCCGCCGAAGUGGCAUAUAACGAAGAAACACAGACUACGAGCAUAAUCCGUGCGCCGAACCUUGGUGCCGAGAGCGGUGUUCAAGAGCAUUUCCGGUGGCAUGGUACAGAGCUACAAUCCUUUGAGACGGAGCCGUAUAAAGGGAGGAUAUUGUACUCACACAAUCUUCCAGAGGACGGGUCUGAGCGCACAAAGCGUAUGCAGCUUUGUCUAAUCGGCUUUGCAUAAGUAGCUUCCGCAUACUUAGGUGCUUUGUCAGAC